AUGGUAAAUCCGAAUGAUUAGAUGCAAAAGAUAGAAUUGGUAGUGUUUUGGAAUAAGAGUCCAUUCCAAAACAUCAAUGCUGGAGACAUCUAUCAAUAUUACUCAAGUCAACAGUACAGGAAAUAGAUUGAAGAGGAGAAUAACAAUGCAGAUCAGGAGAACAAUGGAAAAGGAAGAAUGAUGGGAAAGAACAACCAAACUUCAUACAUUAUGAAUCCACCACCCAAAGUCACACUUCAGGAAUGCUUGAGAUUUUCUGAGCAGCCAGAGUAAUUGGCUGAGGAUAAUGCUUGGUAUUGUAAGGUGUGCAAGGAUCAUGUACAAGCUUAUAAAAGUAUGCAAAUUUAUAAGGCUUCGGACAUUUUGAUUUUUACUUUAAAGAGAUUCAAGGCAUCACACGGGUUCUUCAAGUAGAAAUUGGAGACAUUUGUUGAAUUCCCAGUAAGAGGUUUGGAUCUGACAGAAUUCAUAAUAAAUUAAAAUAAACCUCAUGAGAAUUUUCAGAUUGAGGAGGAGUAGAAGAAGUUGAUUUAUGAUUUGUAUGCUGUGUCCAAUCAUUUUGGUGGUAUGGGUGGUGGACAUUAUACUGCUUAUGCAAAGAAUCAUUUCAAUGGGCAAUGGUAUAAUUUCGAUGAUUCCCAAGUGAGUGAAUUGGAGGAGGAUCAGGUUGUUUCAAAGAGUGCUUAUGUUUUGUUUUAUAAGCGUAGAAGUGAAUAAGAGUAGACUUAAACAUUGAAUACGUAGGAGUUAAAUUGA